AUGCAUUUCCUCCGUGGCACCCUGAGGCUGAGGCCUCCGGCACGCACUAAGGUCCCGUCCUGGGAUUUGGCCAUAGUUCUAGAAGCUCUCAGUAGGCCUCCCUUUGAACCAUUGGUAGAAGUUCCAGAGAGAUUCUUCACAGUUAAGACUGUGUUUCUUUUGGCCAUCUCUUCCUUGAAGAGAGUUGGUGACUUUCAGGCCCUCUCUGUGGCCCCCUCCUUUCUGGAGUUUGCACCUGGUGUGGCUAAGGCAUUCUUAUAUCCUAAGCCAGGGUAUUUGCCUAAGGUGCCUACCGUAGUUCCACGGCCCAUUGUGGUGCAGGCUUUUUGUCCUCCUCACUUUCGAGACUCAGAACAUGAGAAGUGUAACCUGAUCUGUCCGGUCAGAGUGCUGGACACCUAUGACCACAGAGCUGCCCUGUGGAGAAGAUUCUACCCUAAAAUUUUGUCUGAUUUAAUAUUGGAUUCAUAUGUGAUUUCCUUUCAUAUGUGUUCCCUGCAAAUCUAUGUUAUCUAUAGCUCUUUACUUUCUGAGAUCACAAUAUUAACAGUGAUGGCUUAUGAUAGAUACGUAGCCAUAUGCAAACCUUUAGACUAUCAUUCCAAAUUAACUAAAAACACCUGUGUGAAAUUAAUUCUGUUCUCAUGGAUUGUUCCCAACUGCAUUUGCAUUACAGCAGUCCUGUUAUCAAACUUAAGACCUAUUUGUAAAUAUCACAUUGACAAAUUAUAUUGUGACAACUGGUCAGUUGUAAAGUUGGCCUGUGUAUCAUCUUUUGUUAAUAAUGUCUUUGGAUAUGCUAUUUCUGUUAUAUUUUUUAGCUUUAUAGUUCUUAUCAUAGUUUCCUACUUUAAACUGAUCUCUGCAUGUAAAGCAUCUUUAGAAAACAGAAAGAAAUUCUGCCAAACAUGUCUCCCACACAUAUUAUCACUGAUAAAUUUCACUAUUGCUUUGCUUUUUGAUAUCAUGUAUAGCAGAUAUGGUGCAAAUGACAUUCCAGAGAGUUUGCGAAAUUUUUUGGCUCUAGAACUGGUGAUAGUUCCGCCUGUGUUCAAUCCUCUAAUCUAUGGGUUAAAUAUUACAGUAGUGCGCACAAGAGUUUUUACUUUAUGUAAUUGA